AUGGCAUCCCUUUCCCCAUCGUAUGCUAGUCCGGAUAUCAAAAAGUACUGUAUAAAGGAGGCCGAGGCCACAUUGCAAAGUUCGUUUGAACAGAACGGACCGGUGCUGCAUUGUUUGAAGGAACGAUUCGCUGAAGUUGGACAACAAGGUCCGAUGCUCAGUGUGAAAUGCUAUCAACGUGUUCGAUUGGUAUGUGACGUUAAUUCUGUUUUUCUUUUUCUCCUCCGCUCCUAA